AGGCUGCAACGCAAGGGUGAAGUGUUGUCUGAUAACACAAAAAAGGGGCAUUGCAUACAGUUGGAGAACUUUUUAGAGCAUAGGAUUCCAUUUCCCUUUUUUCUUACCGUUCCACUCCCUUGUCCUUUUGAACCUUCUCUCUUGUUCUCUUCACACCCUUCACUUCACUUCACUGCGUCUCUCUCUCUGCCCUUUCUUUCCCUUCACAUGGCCGAUGAAACUCCAGCCCCAGCUCCCCCUGUGGCAGCACCGCCGCCGCCGCCGCCGCCACCCGCCGUAACCGAGUCUGAUUCUCCAGCUGUUGUAGAAAAAGAAGACCCUUCACCGCCAUCUCCUGUAGAUGUUGUAUCCGUUACUGUUACGGAAUCUGUUUCAACUGCUAUAGAAGAAAAAGAGGAGCAGACGCCGGCGGCGGAACCUGUUGAAGUGGUACCUGAUUCAACGGAUAAAGGAGAAGAAGAGCCGCCUUUACCGCCACCACCGCAACCAGUGAAGUCAGAAUCUGAGUCACCAGCUGUAACAGAGAAAGCAAAGGAAGAAGAACCACCAGCUGUAACAGAGAAAGCAAAGGAAGAAGAACCACCAGCUGCAACAGAAAAAGCAAAGGAAGAACCACCAGCAGCAACUGUAGCGGUGUUGGAAACUGAGCUACAGCAACCACCAGAACUGCCGCCGCAAGAGGUGGUUACGGAGUCGAAGUCGCUGGCGGCGAUGAUGGAGAAAGAAGAGGGAGGAGCACCAGAGCCUACUGUGGCUACUACCACAACAACUAGUGCUGAAGAAGGGGUUGCUGUUGUUGUUGAAGAGAAAAAGAUUCCUCAGAAUUUGGGUUCUUUCAAAGAGGAAAGCAACAAAGUGGCGGAUCUAUCCGAUUUCGAAAGAAAAGCUUUGGAAGAACUGAAGCACUUUGUACAGGAAGCUAUAGAUACUCACCUUUUCACUUCAGAAACCAAAAGUGAAGAAAACCCAGAAAAGGAAAAGAAAGAAGAGCCAAAAGAGGUUUCCAUUUGGGGUAUCCCUCUUUUAAAGGAUGAUAGGAGUGAUGUCAUCCUUUUGAAGUUCUUAAGGGCGAGGGAUUUUAAAGUGAAAGAUGCGUUUGUAAUGAUAAAAAACACGAUCCGAUGGAGGAAAGAGUUCGGAAUCGAUGAGCUUUUGGAUGAAGAUCUUGGUGAUGAUAUGGAGAAAGUUGUGUUCAUGCAUGGACAAGAUAGGGAAGGGCAUCCUGUUUGUUACAAUGUUUAUGGGGAGUUUCAGAAUAAGGAUUUGUACCAGAAAGCGUUUUCAGAUGAGGAGAAGCGAAUGAAGUUUCUUCGUUGGCGGAUUCAGUUCUUGGAGAAGAGUAUCAGGAAGCUUGAUUUUAGUCCUGAUGGUAUUAAUACUAUUUUUCAGGUCAGUGAUCUCAAGAAUUCUCCUGGACCUGGAAAACGGGAGCUUAGGUUGGCGACAAAACAGGCUCUUCAGUUGCUUCAGGACAAUUAUCCGGAGUUUGUUGCAAAACAGGUGUUUAUUAAUGUUCCUUGGUGGUAUCUCGUGUUCUAUACAAUGAUUAGUCCAUUCAUGACUCAAAGAACCAAGAGCAAGUUUGUUUUUGCAGGGCCAGCAAAAUCUGCUGAAACCCUUUUCAAGUACAUGGCACCAGAGCAAGUACCAAUUCAAUAUGGUGGCUUGAGUGUGGAUUACUGUGAUUGCAACCCAGAAUUCGGUGACGCUGAUCCUGCCACUGAGAUUACUGUGAAACCAGGGACCAAGCAAACUGUUGAAAUAACAAUCUAUGAGAAAUGUGACCUUGUAUGGGAGAUCCGGGUAGUUGGGUGGGAGGUGAGCUAUGGAGCUGAAUUCAUGCCAAAUGCUAAAGAUAGCUACACGGUCAUCAUUCAGAAACCCACAAAGAUGUCUCCAAAAGAUGAGCCAGUUGUGUCUCAAUGCUUCAGAGUUGGUGAACUGGGUAAAGUAUUACUUACUGUUGACAACCCAACUUCAAAAAAGAAGAAGCUUGUCUACAGGUUCAAGGUUAAACCCCACUGCGACUGAGGGACAUGCGGGAACUGAAGUUGCUUUUAGUUGAAGAAAAUGUAGUAUAAAUCUUUGCAGGAGCUGGGAAAUUGUGGUUGCACAGUUGCUAUCUGCCUACUAUCAAUACAAUACUUUGUUAUUGAACUUUAUUCACAGUUGCUACCAAAUCAAGACUUGUCUUCCCCCCGUAAGAUGUGUUAUUAUUGUUGAUGUAAUUGUUUACUUUGAGUUGCCAUAAAUGAGUGGUUAAUCCCCCUUUUCCUUUUAAAUCUAUAUAUCAGAAAAACUUGUAAAUGAGGUGCUGCCAACGAAAGUGAUCCCAGCAAAAUGCAUGGGAGAAAAUACACUUUUAGCUCCCUAAUGCUAAGUUCUUACUAUGCGUAGGAACUGGAAGGCUGUUGCUUGACAUGCUAGCUGAAUAAUCAAGUAACCCUUAGAACUAUACGUAGGAUCUCUGUGGGACAAUCUUUGUUAACUUGGGAACUUGGGUAUCUUUGGAAGUAACCAUUCCUGCUACAGAUUGUUUGCAUCUGGCAUGGGAAGCCACUGUUCUUCCUAUCCACUGAACAUUUUUCGUUUAGAAUACAGCUGAUCGAAUCAUGGAUGGAAGCUUAGAGUUGUACAAGCGUUUAGAAGAUUGGGAUUUUGUAAUCUUCAUAGAUAAUGGAUGGUGGAGGGCCCAAAAAGCAAA